AUGUCGUCCACCACCGAAAACGCCUCGGUCGAUAAGACUGCCAAGGCCAAGGGAGCCAAUGCCAUUGAGCUCCCCGACAAGCGUGUUGUCCAGCUCGACGAGCUCUCUGCGAAUGAUCGCGCCUUGGCCGAGCAGUUUGGCUACCAGCCGGUGUUUAAACGCGAGUUUGGUUAUCUAUCGACCUUUUCCUUUGCAUUCAGUAUUUCCGGUCUGUUUGCAACAAUCUCAACUACUUUCUCAUAUCCCUUGAUCGCCGGCGGCUCUGCAUCGGUCAUUUGGUGCUGGCUCGUCUCCGGUCUAGGCUGUAUGUGCAUUGCAGCAUCCGUGGCCGAACUCGUGUCUGCAUACCCAACGAGCGGUGGUCUCUACUUUACAGUUUCACGCCUGGCUCCUGCGCGAUGGGUCCCUUCAAUUAGCUGGCUGACCGGCUGGAUCAACCUGCUGGGCCAAAUCGCCGGAGUCGCCUCAUCCGAAUACGGUUCGGCGCAGAUGUUGCUGGCAGCCGUCUCGAUGGGCCGUGAUUUCAAGUGGACACCAACCACCGGUAUGACUGUCGGCGUCAUGGCCGCGCUGACCGUCUUCUGCGGAAUUCUCAACUCGCUGCCCACUGGCUGGAUGGAGAAGAUGACUCGCUCAUAUGUUCUCUUCCAUUUGGCUGUCUUGGUGACUUGCUGCAUCGCGCUGCUCGCCAAGACCGACAAGAGUAUGAGGCACGAUGCCUCGUAUGUCUUUACACAUGUUGAGACUACCUCUGGUUGGACCCCGAUUGGCUUUUCCUUUUUGUUCGGCUUCUUGUCCGUGUCGUGGACUAUGACCGAUUACGAUGCGACUGCUCACAUUGCCGAGGAAAUUCAAGACCCCGAAAUCAAGGCCCCAUGGGCCAUCUUCCUUGCCAUGGCCGCCGUGUACGUGCUUGGUUGGCUGUUCAACAUCGUGCUGUGCUUCACCAUGGGGGAUCCAAACGCGAUCCUCAACUCACCAAUGGAACAGCCCGUGGCCCAGAUUUUCUACAACAGUCUCGGCAAGUCUGGUGGCAUUUUCUACACGGUCUGCGCCUGCAUUCUCCUGCAGUUCAUCUGCUUGACCGCCACCCAGGCUCUUGCUCGCACUGUCUUUGCGUUUUCCCGUGACCGAUUGCUCCCUCUGUCCCACGUGUGGACCAAAAUUAGCCCUAUCACGGGCACUCCUCUGUACGCCGUCUGGUUCUCUGUCUUUUGGUGCAUUGCCAUCAACCUGAUCGCCCUGGGUAACUAUGUCGCUAUCGAGGGAGUCUUCAACAUCACCGCCAUCGCACUCGACUGGUCAUACGUCAUACCCAUCGUAUGCAAGCUAUGGUUCGGCCAAUUCGAGCCGGGCCCCUGGCACAUGGGCAAGUUUUCAACGGCCGUCAACUACUGGGCUAUCAUCUGGACCGCGUUUGUCUCAGUCAUCUUCUUCUUCCCAACAUCAAGACCGGUGGGCGGGGACACCAUGAACUACGCGAUUGCCUUUAUGGGCCUGAUUUUGCUGUGCGCGCUUGUCUACUGGUAUAUCCGCGGACGCAAGUUCUACGUUGGGCCUCUCAAGGAAACGGUUGUUCAGGGGCAGGGGCUUAAUGGAGGGAUUCUGGAGUCGACCCCGGUAGAGAGUAUUGACAGGGAGCAAGCUGAGAAGAUGACCAUUUAA